CAAUUUUCAGGCCCGCCGCGUCUAGCAAAAAAUAUGAGAAAAAAAUUAUUAAAAAUUCGGAAAAUAGUUGAAAGUCAAGAAAAACUCAACAGAAAGGAUGUUAAAGCGUCCGGGGGCCCUGAGUCCGGGCAGUGUUGAGUACAUAAAACUGGAUAUAAUAAUUGCAUCAGUACUAGUUGGGCACUGUGCCCCUGUCCAUGUAGCUGGUUUGCCUUAGGGUGCCAUGGCCACAGGAACCCAGGGCCACCGUGACCACAUCUUGGAGAAAGCCAAGCUCACGCCACCCACGGGGAGGCGCGGGAGAGCAGAGGGGAAGCCCAAGAAGAAUUUCCCCUGCCCGGAGUGUCAGAAAGCUUUCAACAGUCUGGAGAAGUUGAAGGUGCACUCAUAUUCUCACACAGGAGAAAGACCCUACCGCUGCUCCCACCCUGACUGCACCAAGGCUUUCGUCUCCAAAUACAAACUGCUACGGCAUAUGGCAACUCACUCGCCAGAAAAAAACCACAAGUGUUCAUACUGUGAGAAAAUGUUCCACCGCAAGGAUCACUUAAAGAAUCACCUACACACUCAUGACCCGUACAAGGAGGCGUUCACCUGUCAGGAGUGUGGUAAGAGCUACAACACCAAGCUGGGCUUCAAACGCCACCUCGCCCUCCACGCGGCCAACAGUGGAGAUCUCACAUGCCAAGUGUGCCUGCAGCCAUUCCCCAGCACCGGAGUUCUUCUAGAGCACCUCAAAACACAUGCUGGCAAGUCCUCUGGCGGGACCAAAGAGAAAAAGCAUCGCUGCGAGCAUUGUGAGCGACGAUUUUACACCCGUAAGGACGUGCGACGCCACAUGGUGGUGCACACCGGACGCAAGGAUUUCCUUUGUCAGUACUGUGCCCAGCGCUUUGGUAGGAAGGACCAUCUGACACGUCACAUGAAGAAGAGCCACCCCCAGGAGCUGCUGAGGGUAAAAACUGAGCCAGCUGAUUCGCUGGAGCCCAUUAUCUAUGACUUGGCGUCUGGGGGUAUCAAGGGUGAGCUCCCGGGAACGCUGACACCAAGGCCGCACCAGAUCAACAUGUACACAGGCCCUAUCAUGGACACAGAAUCCUUCCCCACCGCCACACACCCCUUUUCUUUAAAGUACCCACUAGGCUCCAACUAUACCUCAUACACCGUCUCCUCACAGGAGCGGGAACAGAAUCUAAAGGGAGAACUGGAGACCUACCUGAUGGAGCUACAGAGCAGCAUGCCUUCCUCAUCUUCUGCAGCCCAAGAACCCCAGCUCUCCUCUUCCAAACUUGAGUUGGAACCUCAAGUGGGCGGGCUGGAGGGAACAAGGGAGGAGGUGUCCUUGUCCAAAAUGUCCACAUCCGUGGCAGCAUCCACUGAAGGUGACUCUCUGGCCUCAUCCUCCUCUCUGAUGGACUUCUCACAACUUUUCAACUUUCUUCCACUCAAUGGGCCUCCAUACAACCAGGCAGGGGGCAGCGGGGGGCAGGGUGUUGCCUAUCCACCCAACGAAGAGCCCACACCUCUUGUCCAACUGCCCCCCCAGUCCUCUGAAGGCCGAGAGGCUCCAGAGAGUCCGCUUCAAGGGCUCCCCUCCUCCUUCAUAUCCAACCCGAGCACGCCCACCACACUGCCCCGCUUCCACCAAGCUUUUCAGUGAUCCAGUAUGUAAUGCAACUCUAACACACAGAUGCACUCUAAAACACACAUACUAAAAUGCAUGUCAAGCUACACGACCACACCAGCAGACAAACAGACAAACAAAAUGCCAGUAACACAUUUUUCAUGAUAUUAACAUCUCUGUCCUUUAAAUAUGACAACAUGAGUAGGCGCUAACACAUGCAGCACACACAUAAUGAUCAGCACUGAGAGUAGUAACACACACAAAAACCUCUCCACACAAGUGUUGGCUUAAUUGGCUUUCUAAUGGUUACUAUUGGGAUGUCUUCUUUUCACCUAUCAGUCUUUUUAUUGAUUUGGCAAAUCACCAUGAUUCCUUAAUGACAUGUUUGCAUAAUAGCGGAAAAAUAAUCCUCUUGUACUCCAUGCACAUGCAAGUAAAAAUUUUUAAGCUGUUUUUUUGCUGUUUGCGAGUUUUAUAGCUUAUCCUGAUCUGUUGUAAUUACCAGAAGAAAUGACUUUUUCAAAGACCUGCAAGCUACAAUUAACAUUUAAAUCUUUAAUCACAGCACAAGCAGUAGCCCUCAGCCAUAGGCUGUGCUCACACAGGUCAGCACAGCUCAGGUUCACAUUUCAAAGAAAUUUUGGUGCAGCACUGCUCUGUGCACUACACCACUAACAUAAGUGCAAAAACUUGCCACAUACACAUUACUGGAAAAACCUGUUUUUCCGCAGUAAUGUGGACUGGCAUAACAGUGGCAUCGAGAGUUAUGACAGUUUAAACGUGAAUUAGUCUUUUGGGAGUUGAGGAAUUUUCACAUAGAUGAAUGAAAGUAUUUUGAUUGCAAUGACAUUUUCUUUUCUUUUGAAUAGUUUACCUUAGUAUGCGUAUUUUGCAAUGCAUAUUGUUUUUCGUAUAGCACUUUGAACUUUGUGAUGUCAUCAUGUCUCACUUUUUUUUAAUGUCUUUCUUAUUUGUGGUAUGAUUUUAAAGGACCAAUCUGCAGUUUUGGUAUGUUUUUGUCCAUUUACAUUCAUUUAAUACACCACUCAGCCACAACUCUAACUGAUUUUAAUGUUGUGGCUGAUCGGUGUACAUCAUGUACUAUAAAGGACUCCUGACCAUUUAUGCAAUGUUCUAGGCAGCUAUUGUGUUUCAUUCCUUUCUAAACUGUAUGGAAAUCAACUUAAUUGGGUCAGGUAAUCCAUUAUAGUGAUCGUGUCUGCUUUUUGUUUUAGUCAAUAACAUCACUGCAAUGUAUAUUAUAACUACAGUACCACGCAGUACAAUGAUGUCACCUUGUCAGCAGCAAAAGCAGACUUGAUGUUCAAUGGCCUGUAUUACACAACCCAGUUUCAAAGUUAAUUUCCAAUAUGAAGUGAAAUUGUAGGAAACCAACAGCUUCCUGGAAGGUGGCAAAACUCAAUCAAAACAUUUCAAAUGUGCUCUAAAGGAUUUUUAGCAGAAGGUUAAAGUAUGCGUGAUAAGUAGUAAAUAGGCCAAAACAUGCAAAAAACAUCAGCCUGGUCCUUUUGAUCAAUCCAUAAAACAGAAAUUAAUCCACAUUAUUAUAGACAAGGUACUGAGCAGGAACUACUGAGCAACAGUAUUACAAUUUUAGAUAUCAUUUUGGUAUUUGGUAGAUUUUCUGGUCAAGUUUUAUCUUAAUUCUCCAAAAGUGGGGAUAUUUUCAUAAAAGCUGAAAUGUGUCUUUUGUAUUGUUUCUUAUUUAUCCCAAACAAACACAGACAGAGCUGGCUGCUAGCUGCUGAAAUUACUUUAGACUGUUCAGGUAGCUCAAAAAAGAUCUAUCUCACAAAUAUCAUCAGUCUUUUUCAACAGAGAGAAUGAGUUGACACAAAGGGCUGCCUUUCUCCAAUUGUUUCCUCUAAAAAUACCCACUCCGCCACAAACACAGCAUCCCUAGUUAGAGAGGUAAGAUCCUCCAUGUAUCUAAGGUUAGUUUGUGUCCUAAUUAUUCAAAGUAAUUGAAAAAAAUAUCAGACCAGAAAGCAAGCAC